GAAACUUGAAUCCUACUCUACUCUUCCCAUUUUGAUAAGCUUUCUCGUCAAUAAUUCCCUCACCUUCAUAUACAAGUAACUCUGCGCAAGCCCCAAACUUGGAACAAAAUUACUGUGGAGCUUAAAGUUUAACCUUUCUGUUGAUUUUGGUGAUGGGUUGGAAAUACAACGCAGGAUUGGGGUUGAUUGGUGCCGUCGUCUUCAUAUGGGUCGCCUCUGCAGAGGUUACUCAGAGAAUUUUCACCGAGUACAAACAGCCUUUUUCACUCACCUAUCUCGGUGUGUCCCUCAUGGUCGUCUAUCUACCUAUAGCAGCCCUCAAGGACCGGAUCUGCAGCUUACUGAGAAAAAAUGAAUUUCAUGACAGUGCAGAAACAGAUGUCACAACUUCCUUAAUUACUGAUAAAGACCUCAGUGAUAGAGAAGAGGGGCGCCCUGUAAUGGAUAAGAAUGACGUAGAUGAGCCUUACUUUCUUGCAAAAAGUAAUCAACUUGGUCCAUGGGAAAUUGCAAAAUUUGGCUUAAUACUUACUCCAGCAUGGUUUAUCACAGAGUAUUUGUCAAAUUCUGCACUGGCAAAUACUAGUGUUGCAAGUACAACUGUCCUAACUUCUACAUCGGGGCUCUUUACACUUUUGUUUGGAGCACUUCUUCGUCAGGACUCCAUAAACAUUGCAAAGAUGGCUGCUGUUUUUAUCAGCAUGGCUGGUGUUGCCAUGACCACAGCUGGAAAAACUUGGGCGCCUGAUGAACUGCUGAGCGUCUCUGAGACUAGAAAGCACUCAAUAACAGGAGACAUUUUCGGUCUUGUGUCAGCAGCAUCAUAUGGAUUAUUCACAGUGUUACUCAAGAAAUUUGCUGGAUCAGAAGAGGAAGGGGAUAAGGCUGAUGUGCAAAAGCUAUUCGGAUACAUUGGUCUCUUCACUCUUCUUGGUCUGUGGUGGCUUGUGUUGCCGCUGAAUGCUAUGGGGAUUGAACCGUCUUUUGAAUAUCCACCAUCAGGAUCUGUUGGGGAAGCUGUGCUGUUAAAUGGCUUUGUGGGGAGUGUUCUUUCAGAUUAUUUUUGGGCUCUUUCUGUAGUUUGGACAUCUCCAUUAGUUGCAACUUUGGGCAUGUCCUUGACAAUUCCCCUUGCUAUGGUUGCUGACAUGGUGAUUCACGGCCGUCGUUACUCUGCAAUCUACAUCUCUGGUUGCAUUCAGGUUUUUGCAGGAUUUGUCAUGGCAAACCUUUCAAACAAGUUUUCUAGCAAGGAAGAGUUGUAAUAGUAUGAACAAAGCUCAAAAUUAUUGUAGUUUGUAUAAUGCACUAUUGCCCGGUUUGACAUAGUUUUUAAGGUGUAAAAAACUGUAGUUUAUUUCAAAAGUUACACCAUUAAGUUGAAGUUUGUAAAAAACAGCUUUCAUAAGUUAAAAACUACAGCUGCUUAUAAUUUAAGCUAAACUA